AUGGGAGCGAAAUAUGAGGCUAUCCACUCUCUCUUCGUUUCAAAUGGUUUUAAAAUCUGCUUCCGCCGAACCUUGAAGAGAAGAGGAGAAGAAGAAGGAAGAGGCAUCACCAUUACCAAGAUGGUUAAAGGACGCAAGGGAGAACGUAUCAGACUUUACGUCAGGGGUACAAUUCUUGGAUACAAGAGGUCCAAAUCAAAUCAGUACCCAAAUACUUCCCUCAUCCAGAUUGAGAAUGUAAACUCCAAGGAAGAAGUUGCGUGGUACGCUGGGAAGCGCAUGGCUUACAUUUACAAAGCUAAGGUAAAGAAGGAUGGAAGCCACUUUCGCUGCAUUUGGGGUAAAGUCACCAGGCCUCAUGGAAACAGUGGUGUCGUUAGAGCUAAGUUCAAGUCAAAUCUUCCGCCAAGAUCGAUGGGAGCGAGGGUUUUCCUGAUUGAACUUAAUGCUGCUCUUCUGAUUGCACACAGUUCUUCUUGGGAACCUAGUUAUACAACAACAAUUCCCAGGAUUUUAUAUGUGCAGAUAGAAAGUGAGGAACCUUUCUGCUUGAGCCUUCUCCUUUGUCCAUGGAGAUAUGCUCCAAUGUAA